AUGAAGCGCCAACUAUCUGAUUCGGAGGAGUCUCCAAUCAAGCGGGCAGCAGGAGAGAUUGCGAGGCAACCCGAAGCGAAGAAUGGGAGCGGAGGGCUGAAGGCUCCUGGGGCGACGACCAGCGGGACGCUUUUUGGCAAUUUUGGCACGUUUUCGUUUGAUUCGAUCAAGCCGAAAGCGGAUGUGUUUGGAGAGAAAUCCAGCGACAAUCCUUGGGCAGAACCGGCGCCGGCGCUUGGGGACGACACCAAGAAGGACAAGUAUGCACAGGUUGAGCUCAAACAGCAGACGGUGCAGACUGGCGAGGAGAAUGAGUCCACGCUGUUCACGAGUCGAGCGCGGCUGUAUGCGCUCAGUUUCGCGGACACGGCUGCGGGAUGGAAGGAACGCGGUGUGGGCGUACUGAAGGUUAAUGUCGACGAUUCGAAUCGGGCGCGGAUUGUGAUGCGGUCGGAGGGACUGCUCCGGGUGGUUCUGAAUAUGCCGUUGGCCAAAAAUACACAAAUAAACAAGGGGUUUAAGAGUUCGCUGGUUACGGAGAAGUUUGUGCAAAUUGUAGGCAUUGAGACAGAUGUUCCUCACAAGUAUGCGUUGAAGCUGCCGUCCAAGGAGUUGGCGACUGAGCUUUUUGAGAUUUUGGAUGCACGGCCGGAGACUGUGACUGAGAGGGCAAGUUCUGAGAGUACUGGCCACGAAGAGGCUGCUCAAGAGGCGACGUCUCAGGAUGCAGCGGCCGGGGCAGUGGAUGAGUAUGCCGUUGGAGCAGAAGGGUCCUUGGUUGGGCGUGAAGAGCAGGGCAGUGAAGACUCUGUUAAAGCGGGAGACCAGGAAGCCAGCGAGGUCAGCGAGGCCAGCGAGGCCAGCGAGGCCAGCAAGGCUAGUGAGGAAGCCAACGAGGAGGCCAACGAUCAAGCCAACCAAGCCAACCAAGCCAGCGACCAAACCAACGAACAAGCUAAAGAGGCCGACAAUGCCGCGAAUAAAACUAAUAAAAGCAAAUCGCUCGAGUCGCACGAAUCAGAGCCAGAAAAAGCCGACUCAACACUUGAAAAUCAAUGA